AUGGAGAAUCCCAGAAGCCCUGCUGCCAUGGGCAAAGUACCUCCCAUAUUCAGAAUCAACCUUUCACUUCCUCCAUCAGAACGCUAUGUCGAACUGGCGCGUAUCUACCGCGACAAGAUGCGUGCCCUACGCGGCAUGUUCGAUGAAUUGGUUCAAGGCAUUUCGCCCAGGAUCCCGCUGAAGGGGGUGCAUUGGCUGGCCAAACUCUCUUUGCGCAAACUAUACACAGAUGAAGAAACAGAGGAGCUUCGUGGAAUCAGUCGCACAACCGAUAUUGACAUGUACCUCCUCAUCAGCCUGAACACGGUACUGGACCUUCUCAUGGGUUGUACCAGUGGUGGUGUGCGCAGCAAAAGCGGAUUGCAGACCAAAAUGCUUCAUUUCCGGACCCUUGAUUGGGGUAUGGAUCCGUUGCGUGAUUUGAUCGUGCAGCUGGAGUUUGUACGAGACGAUGACCCGGAGAAAGUGCUUGCCACGAGCAUCACGUACGUGGGUUAUAUCGGCGUGCUUACGGGAGUGAGGAAAGAUCUGAGCAUGUCACUUAAUUUCCGGCCUGUACAUGAUGAAUCUCGGAACGUGGCUUUUUACACGAAUCAUCUGCUCGUUCUGCUUGGAAUCCGGCAAUCUAUCUCGUCACUACUGCGGGAGUGUCUUUUCUCGUUUCCCGACGAACCAACGCCAAAGAGAGAAGAAUCUCUAUCAACACUGAAGAAGAUCGUUGCUCAAGUCCCCAGCAUGCCGACCACGGCGGUGUACUUGAUCUUCAGCGAUGGAGUCACCACAGUAACCAUGGAGAAAGACCACGGAACUGCCGUUGUUCGCUCCUCACCUUCAUUCAUCAUCACCACAAACCACGACCACGAACCGGACUCAAAGACACUGAAAUCUAUUGCCGAUGAAAAGAGGAAGAACCACGUUGGCCUAUCACUCAUCUCAUCCGAGGCACAAGUCAUGGCCGACUUCAUCGAAGACAGCAACGAAAGACGCGAUUGCAUGCAAGCCCGAUGGGAUACAAAAGUGCAACAGGCUGUGCAAGCUAAAAAGGCCGCUACGAAGAAGGUCACAGAACAUAUCGAGAAUCUUGAUCAGCCACAGCGCAGUCGUUCAUCACUGCGCCUGCGCAAGAAACGAGAAGAAGAAGCCGAGGAGGCUGAACGACAACGCGCCUCGAUGCAGGACUCGUUGGAUGGCGCGGAUGUGACCGUCACUCAAAAGGAAAUCAUCUCCUGGCUCACAACAUUCCCAGUCUCGAACGAAACCACGCACUACGCGACUAUCAUGGAUCCGUCCAAGGGUAAAGUGGCUUGGGUACGACAAUAUGACCCCAGCGAAUGGGAAGAAGCCUCGGAAGACGUGAGUGACUAG